UAACUUCACUCACUCAACCAAACCAAAGAUGGCUAGAGCUAGUGGUAGCACGCCUAAAUUGUACUUUUUGCUCUUGAUUUCUUCAUUACUUUUUGCUUCCCAAUGCAUCCAUGCCUCCUCUGAGUCCGAGGCACUUGUAGCAGCGAGGCCUCCAAUUGUGAGUGGACUGUCAUGGAACUUCUAUGCGUCGAGUUGUCCUGUGCUUGAAGUCAUCGUGAGAAACCAUCUCAAGAAAGUAUUCAAACAGGACAGUGGUCAAGCUCCUGGCUUGCUCAGGAUCUUCUUCCAUGACUGCUUCGUUCAGGGUUGUGAUGGGUCGAUAUUGUUGGAUGGAAGUCCAAGUGAAAGGGAUCAACCAGCAAAUGUAGGAAUAAGACCAGAGGCCUUGAAAACCAUUGAAGUCCUUCGAUCUCUUGUUCAGAGGCAGUGUGGAAACGUUGUCUCCUGUGCUGACCUCGUUGUUCUCGCCGCACGCGAAGCUGUUUCCCUAUCAGGAGGUCCCAAAUUUGACGUGCCACUAGGGAGAAAAGAUGGCCUAACCUUAAGCGUGAACGGAACAAGCAACCUCCCACCACCAUUCUUCAAAACCGGCCAGCUCCUCGACGCUUUCGCACCACGAAACUUCGACGCCACCGAUGUAGUUGCACUCUCCGGCGCACACACAUUCGGACGGGCCCACUGCGGCUCCUUCUUUGACCGUAUCACCCAGUCAGACAUCCCCAUCGACCCAACCUUCGCCAACAACCUCAAAACCACUUGCCCCGCCAAAAACUCCACCAACACCGCCAUGCUGGACGUGAGAACCCCCAACGUGUUUGAUAACUUAUACUACGUUGAUCUCAUCAACCGCCAGGGUUUAUUUGUUUCAGAUCAGGAUUUGUUCAGUGAUGCCAGGACGAAGGAUAUUGUGGCAUCUUUUGCUUCUGAUAGGAAGCUGUUUUUUGACAAGUUUGCUAAUGCUGUUGUCAAGUUGAGCCAGUUGGAUGUGUUGACUGGGAAACAAGGACAGGUUCGUGGUAAGUGCUCUGUUCCCAACAGGAAGGUGGAAACCUUGGUGGCCUCUGUCGUGAAAGAGGUAGUGGAUUUGAUCUAACUAGUGUUAUCAUGGUGGUGGAGAAAAUAAAACGGACCAUAGGUACGUAGAAAAUGGUUCAUGUUUGGUUGACUAAUGAAUUUAGGAGGAGUUUAAUUUCUUAAUUACUAUGUGCAUUAAUCCUUUAUGUUUCCAGUUUUCUUACAUGUCUUGUAACGUUUGAUGGAGGAUUGGAGGGUGUAGUAUAAUUAAGAGUUUAAUGAUGUACACCCUUUUUCUGAAACUAUUUGUGUCAUAUCAUAUCACAUGUAUAUGAUAAGUAUUUAUUUUCUCA